AUGAAGAAACUUUAUUAUCAUGAAAAUCCCCAUUCAAAAUUUUCCAUACCACGUUCUCCUUAUUUGACGAGUUUAUCCGAAUUAUCAAAAUGGAAAGCUGAAAAUGAUGAAUUUAACGUGGCAAAGGUUGAUUUACGAGAAAGGCCUACAUUCAAAAAUGAUGCCACACAGGAGGAGAAAGAUAAAAGAGAUUGUCAAGUAGUAGUAUGUCACGAUAUGGCUGGUGGCUACUCUGAGAGCUUCUUCAAAAUUGGCUUCUCUCACCACCGAAUUGCAAUACCACCUCCACAAUGGACUAAUGCGGCACACCGAAAUGGUGUUAAAGUUUUAGGAACUUUUAUUACCGAAUGGGCCAGAGAUAUGUUAGAAAAUGAAUUGUGGGUACGAGGCCCACAUACAAACGUACCGCUUGAUGAUUCCGAAAACGUUGACCGAAGAAUAGUGAGCACUGUAUUUGCAGAUAAGUUGGUUUCAAUGGCUAUGUAUUAUAAUUUUGACGGCUGGUUCAUCAAUAUCGAAUCACCUUUGAUUGGUGGAUCCCUUCAUGCUCUUCAAGUUAUAACUUUUAUGAACUAUCUUACUCAACAAAUGCAUAAACACAAACCUGGAUCGGUUGUCCUUUGGUAUGACUCAAUCACCAAAGAAGGAACACUUUCGUGGCAAGAUCAUCUAAAUGAUUUGAAUUACCCAUUUUUUGACGUAACCGAUGGCAUUUUUAUCAAUUACACCUGGUCCGAAGAAUACCCCGAGUUAUCAGCACAGAAGGCUGGUUCUCGGAAGCGUAAUGUCUACACUGGUAUUGAUAUUUGGGGCCGUAAUACUUAUGUUAUUCAGAAAGCCAAAACAUCUUGUGCUUUAUUCGCUCCAGCUUGGACAUUCGAACAUUUAGGAAAAGAAGGUUUCUGGGAAAACGACAAAAGAUUUUGGAUUGGCAGUGCAGACAAACAUGAGGAUGUAACUUCUCAAACUGAUCAAAAUUUUAAAGAUGAAGGACUCGCUGUUGCACACUACAUUGUGCCAAGAUAUUCACCAGGAAUUAAUAAUUUCUAUACAAAUUUCGAUCGUGGUUGCGGAUACAGGUUCUUUAUUAAGGGAUUGAAUGUUCUGGAACAAGAGUGGUCGCAUCUUAGUCAUCAAUCCAUUCAACCCUUCCCGACCAAACGUAUCUCCGAAGUCCUAUCAAAUAAUGCGCCUGAUAUGAGUACUAAUAUAUCCCGUGAUAUUGCAUGGAGCCUAACCUUUGAUAAAGCAUAUAAUGGUGGCACAUCUGUAGCUGUAUACACUACUGCUGGACAUGAUCAAGUAAAAACAAAAAUUUUCAUGCUUCCACUUUAUGAUUUGAAUGUUAAUGUUUCUCCACAUGGGUACACAAGAGCAAGGGUUACUUAUUUACCAGAACAUCGUGGAAUAGUUGUAGGGUUGUAUUUAAAAAUAGGGCAUAAUCGAAAGAUUAAAGAUGGUGGAAAAAUCGCCUUUAACUUGGACACCAAACCUACAAGGAGAGAAUCGGAGGAUCAGAAAAUAUCAUUGAUUAAUUUAAACAAUGAAAGCUAUGUUGAUGAAAGAUCUGAAUCCGAAAAUCAGUAUCUUCCGUUCCAGAAAUUCAAAACAACUACUGUGUCGAUGAGUCAUAAUUGGAUAACUGCUGAAGUUUUGAUACCUCCCAAUACAUUUUCGGUAUCUCCAACUAGUUCAUCGUCUGAUUUGGUAGUACAAGAACUGGGUGUUUCUAUAAUUAGCCCGCCACAUGCUGUAAAAUCUGAUAUAACUCAAUCGUCAAAUGUUUCUACUUUAGUUCAUAUUGGUCAAUUGUCUGUUAGUUCAGCAACACUACCAUCACGUUUGCCUGAACCGGAAGUACAAAAUGUAUUCUGGCAAGAUAAUACUUUACUUAUCGAAAAUCUAAAUCACCGAGGUAUAUUACGAAUAUCAGGUAUUAUAGAAUGGGAGAUGGGAGUAAAAGUCAGUGAGGAUCGUCAUAUCACUCAAGACAACACUUUAGAUGUAGAAAUCCCUAAUUCCUUUGGUUAUUAUUAUGUAUAUGCGGAAAUUGACUCGGCAUCACAAAGUGGAAAACCUUCAGUUGAAACGUUGACAUUUCUAGGAGUAGCAGAUGUUUCGCAGUUUAUAGUUUCAGGACUUGAAAUACCAAUAUCUAAAAUUAUGGAAGAUACAAUUUUAACCAUCUGGGUACAAGGAGUAAGAGAAUCAACCGGAGAAGGAGUGGAAUAUGAAAAAUGGAAAAAAUGUUCAAUUCCGUUAUUUUAUUAUACUAUUAAAGUAGGUGGAUUUUGGAAACGGGUUGAAACAGUCAUUCUGAAG